UGUCGAAAUCCACGAUCAAUUAAUACAAGAACAGAGAGUAUUUCAACUCUUGACUGCAAUCGACAACAAGUACGAAACGACAAAGAGGGAAAUACUCAAAUUGGAUCCACUUCCCUCCGUUGAACAAGCCUACGGGAUGAUUCGACGAGAUGAAACUCAGAUACAAGUGCUACAACCAGGAAGCAUCAGUGGAACCGCCGCUGACGGAAUAGGAGCAGGCCUCAUCGCACGAGGCCGACAGAACCCCACCGGUGGACAGUCCGGCGGCUCGCGAGGCGGCAAUCGGAGUGGAGGAAACUGGAAUAGGAGGUCCGACGAUGAGGACAAAUCAAAAUUGGUGUGUUCACAUUGCAAACGAAAGAGACACACCAAAGAUUCUUGCUUUGAGUUAAUCGGAUACCCCGACUGGUGGGAGGAGAAACACGGCAAACCACCUUCUCGCGCACCUUGGAACCGCGCCGGACAUGCUGCUAUGAUCGUCGGAGAUCCAACACCAGGCGGCCAGAACCUCGCCACCACCGGGGGCAACCAGCCGGUCGCACAAGCCCGGGGCGGCGAUAAAGAGACGAAACCAGGGGCUGUUCCGUCAGCAACACCAGCGGUCAGAACCGGGGCGGCUAAUUUUGUCGCCGGAGGAAGUGGGAGUGUAAUUGGAGAUUGGAGUGAUGAGUUAGGAAAUGAGGCAGAAGCGGCGCCCAAUUUGGGUUCAGGAUAUCCGAACCGGGGAGAUAAUUGGGCGUGGCACUGAACGUGAUGGACUUUACUAUGUGGAUGAGAUAGCUCAAAAAGGAACUGCCAUGCUAACUCACGGGUCGGCAGAUCGGAAAGCUUGGCUUUGGCAUCGACGCUUGGGUCAUCCCUCUAUCGGUUACUUAAAACUGUUAUUUCCUAGUAUUAUUCCCAAGCAUGAUAUGUACUGUGAAACUUGUUUUCUAUCCAAAAGUCACCGAAACUCUUAUCCUUUAAACAGUACUCGUGUUGAAACCUUAUUCUCUUUAGUACAUUCUGAUGUUUGGGGUCCCGCACCAGUAAUUGGGGGACAAGGUUUUCGAUACUGUUUAGUUUUUGUUGAUGAUUGUACUCGCAUGACCUGGGUAUAUUUUAUGAAGCAUAAAUCUGAAGUUUUCUCACACUUUACUCAUUUUUACCACCUUAUCCAAACUCAGUUCCAAAAAACUAUUCAGAUACUUCGGUCAGAUAACGGGGGGGAAU